UUAGACCAUCAGAAGGAUAUACCUCAUCCAAAUAUUCAUGAAUUCAUUUAGAAUAGUAAAAAUUCCUUUAUCCGCGCGCCUGUAUAAAUUUGUACGGUGACAUAAUCCUGAUCCUCUCCACCUUCCAAAUAAGAAGUUGAUAUUCGUAGAAACACUCGCGGAAAAAUUUAACCUCCAAAAUUUUUUUAAUGAAGUUGGCAAUGAGAUGUCCAAAGCCAGAGGAAUCCGGGAUUGUGAUCGAUCAAAAUGCAACUCCCCGUCGUGUGACGAGGGCCGGUAUCCGGACACUCCGACAUCCUCGAAGGGCCUCGAGAGACUACCCCACCGGAUAAACAGGAGAGAAUACCGGAGUAAAAGAAAUGUUGAUUCUAAGAAAGUGAACAGAAGUCCCUCGAGUGGCUAUGAAAAACCGGGGAUUGAAAGGAGGUACACAAAGAGAGGAACUACAGCAUCUCCAGUUGUUAAAGUCACGAGUGUAGAACUAAUAAAAAGUUGGUCGAGCGACUGCCGUCUACGGCACAAAGAUAAAGAGAAAUUGGUGAGAGACUCCUCCUCAAACAGAUCAUCUUCGUCUGGCGCACUGGACCCCCGGACUUCUCCUCAACGAGCCAAAGUUCAUAACCUCCCGCCGAGAACGAAAUCCCAACAUCAAAAAUUUAAAAAAUCCGGAGCUGACUACUGCUGCUGUUGCGACUGUAUCGAUUACCUGAGAACUGAAAGAUUAAAACUCCUCAAAGAUUUACAAAGACACUCUAAAUCCCGUGGCACUUUUCCGUCUCCGAGCAGCACGCACUAUUCCCAAGGCCCUCCAGCUCAAACUCAAAAGUUGUGCAGUAUGCUAAAGACUCGAGAAGCGAAACGCUUCAUCGGUUGUACUUGCAUAAACGACGAUUGGAAUCCCAGUUGCACCAUUGAAUGCAAAUGUCCCGAGAGUCCAGUUGACAUAUCCGGCAGAACAUAUUCAAUGGCAUCGAAAAAAUCUACCGUGCGGAAUGAUAAUGCAAGAAGUCCUGAUAAAGAUCGUCACGAUGAAAGUUCAUGCUCUUGUUCAUCUCCAGAACGUUCCCCCUCUCCGAAACCAAACCUACAGGAUCACCAGCCACCUGUGCCACCUCCCAACGACCGGAAAAAACACGACGAGCACUGGAAAAAAAUCAAUGAUAACUACAGGAUCUUAUCAGCCCAUCUUAAGUCAAUCCGACGGGAGAUUGAGGCGGUGGAAAAACCCGCUGAGAUUUUUCGUAAAAAAAUAACUGGGCAAUAUACGGCCAAAGAGAUCUCCUCCGAUGUUCGAGCCAGGGAAUACAACUUGGACAGAAAGAACUGCUGGCAAUCGCAAAGGAUCGACCGUUCGUGCCAACACCCGACUCGUCAAAACCCUCCGAAAGCGAUCACAGCAAUGCAACCAAAAUUUCCAAGAUCAGAUCACUCGGAGCCUCCGUCAAGCCAUCAAAAUGACCCACGAUUUUCACCGUCACAUCUGCGUAAAUACGGAAAAAACAAGGACGUUCCCUGCAGGAUAUCUCGCUGUGAGUGUAAACCAGAAUCUAAACCUAGAACGAAAUUAGCAGUUGGAGAAUUGGAAAAAAUUGGAGGUGAGCACAGGAAGUUUGACAGGAAAAACUUGAGAAGGAACCGGCAGAAACCAGGAAUCAGGAGACACGAUUUCUCCCUCCCCAGGAUUGUGCCGGUAAACAAGGAGGGGAAGGGUAGAGAUGAGAAUAGAAUGAUGAUCUAUCCUCCGAAGGACCAGGUGGGCUGUCCUCUGACCCUCUACAAAAGUGGAUCGUUCGUGAAUUGCUCUGUUGAGCAGGUUGACGAUAUUGGAUUCAAGUACGAUGUCUCCUACGUUCAAAGAUAUGUCAGUCGGCUUUGGCAGCCGGAAGAAUAUUCCGAACAUAAAAUCAAUUCCGACUACCUCAGCACCGAUGAUUACGGCUGAUAAUAAUGAAAAACAUUGAAGUUUGAAUUAAACAUCAACGGACAGAACCGGUGGUCAAACUCGGUCUCUAAAUAGCUAAUUGAAUAUACCAGGGGGAGCGGUAAUCCUCCGUCAGCAAAUUCCCUGACCCAAAUUAUAUUUUUAUAGACCUGUA